AUCAAUCUUGACGUAUCAUGUUGAACUGAUGUAGAGGUGCAUAUUAUUUUGCAGACAAAGGACAACUCAGCAAUGUGAAUACAAGGGAUGUGUAAGUACAUUAAACGUCCUAGUUGGUGAAAGGUACACGUACGAGUACACUUAGGAGCAAAAUGGUACAAGAGAAACGUGAAAAUUGGUUGCGAAGGAGGAGCUUCGUAAUUUGUACAAAUUUUGAUCGUAAUUUUGAUUCGAUUGCAAUGGCGGAUGAUGCGGAUGUUGAAAGUAAGGCAAAUGGCAAGCAAGAACAGCCAGAAUACUAUAAGCCACGUUUGGUACAUUUGCGGAAAAGUGAACGUGGCUUUGGUUUUAAUGUACGUGGUCAGGUUUCUGAGGGAGGACAGCUACGGCCCAUCAAUGGUGAGCUUUAUGCUCCCUUACAACAUAUAAGUGCAGUUUUACCUGAUGGACCGGCCGAUGUGGGCGGAUUAAUCAUCGGCGAUCGUAUUUUACAAGUCAAUGAUGAAAAUGUUGAGGGAGCCACUCACAAGCAUGUUGUGGAACUGAUCAAAUCAGGAGGAACCAACCUUUCACUGGUUGUUCUAUCUUUACCCCCCAGUGAAGUGAGAAAGUUAGAUCCUUCAGAGGACAUUGUGGCACCGGAGUACCAUGAUUAUUCUGAUAAGAAACAAAUUUAUAUCACUAUACCUGAAAUACGGCAGAUUGAAUCUGGACAUGAGAAAUAUGUAGUGUACAAUAUCUAUGCUAAUGACAGACACAUUUGCUCAAGGCGUUACAAAGAAUUUGCCAAUUUACACAAUGAGUUAAAGAAACAAUUUCAAGACUAUGAAUUUCCCAAAUUUCCCGGAAAAUGGCCUUUUCAACUAUCAGAACAGCAACUUGAAAAUCGAAGAAAAACCUUGGAAUUGUAUUUAGAGCAAGUUGCAUCUGUAAGGAUUAUACAUGAUUUUGAACCUAUGGUGGAGUUUUUGAAAUCGUCUCAGGAAGUAAUAUCAAACAACACGGAGAUAGAACUUAAGAUUCUUCUUCCUGAUCAAACUGAAAGACGUGUGAAAGUGGAGAAAAGCCUCAAAACGCCAGAAGUUUGCAGGGCGUUUUUACAGAAGAUUGGUUUGGAAAAGACUCACUUUAAGUACUUUGCACUAUUUGAAGUUGUUGGACAAAAGUUUGAACGAAAACUGAAAAAAAACGAGUUUCCACAUGCUCUCUACAUCAAGAACUAUUCGAGUAAGCUGCCAAGCUGUUUGGCUCUUCGUAAAUGGGUAUUUUCCCUGCGCAGGGAAAUUGAAAUGGACAACGAUAAAGUUGCGUUCAAUCUUUUGUACAACCAAGCUGUGGAAGAUGUACGAACAUUGAAACUCAUUCCAGAUUCUAAGCGAGAAGAACUUGAAGAAUACAGGCGCUCCGGUCAACAAUCUAAGUAUCUCAAACUGGCACGGUCAUUAAAAGAUUACUGCAGUGUACGUUUCCCGCAUUGUGAAUGCGAUGCUCGUAAGAACGGCCAUGUUAUUGUGUCCUUUGACAUUGAGAAUGUCUUCUUACAAGCCUGUUCGGUGGAUGGCGAAAUAGAGGAUCUUACACAUACCUUUGCUUACGAGGAUUUCUUAAGUUGGGGCAAGGAUGAAGAAGGAAGGGCAUUUUAUUUUGAGUAUUCGCGGCCCAACAAAAAACCAAGAGUUGUUCGAAUUUAUUCACCAUAUUUCAAAUACAUGCAUGAAUGCGCAAAACGGGUAUUGGAAGAACGCAAAUGGAAUAAAGAGUUGGAGCCUUCGAGCAUAGCAAAUGAUCAUACAGACAACACUGAAACAUUUCCAUCAACUAAAGAGUCUGUAGACAGUCCACCUGAAGAGUCAAGAAAAGAAACUGCAGACAGACCAAGUAAAAGAACAGCAAAAGUUCGAAAGACUCCCAAAGUUAAGCUGGAUGAUGUGUCCAAUAUCAAUAAUGAUGAUUUGUGAUUGCAAUCAGGCAGUGUAUUUCAUAAUUUAUGCAAAAAAGACUGUGAUUCAUCAACAUGUCUGAACUAUGCACUACCUACAUAUAUACACUUUUGCAAUUGCUCGUUUGUAAAUUUAAAGAUAUAUUUAGAGCAACUGUCCUAUUGAAUCAUUUACAUUUUGUAGACUUAUUUAUUUGAAUUUCAAUGAUUGUGUCAUUCGAUUUUCCUAUUUGCUAACAAAAAAUGUACUUUGCAGAUGCUGGCAUAUAUAUGUAGAAAUACAUAUUGAACUGUACCUAUUAUCUUUAUGAAAUGAAAAUCAUAUUCAUGUAGUUCAACAAAUAUAUGUUAUGAUUGAUUGAAGCAUCCUUCAAUUUCAACAAA